CCGGUGUCGCGUCGGCGGCGCGGUCAAGGUCUACAUCUGGCUUCGUCGCGGGGCCUACCGCCGCCGCGGCGCCAGAUCAGGAUUCCGUCGGAAGAACUCGUCGACCGCGCGGCGACUGCUCUUCGAGGCCUUGAUCCACGCGCGCAGCGUCGGCGCGAGCUCGGCCAUGUCCUCGGCGCCGUACAUCUGCACGAAAGAAUCGCGGUCCGGUAUGAUUUUCAACAUUACUUUGGCGAUGUUCCGGUGGAUCAAUUUGUUGUACGGGCCGCAGGUCUUGACGUAGGCGUCCGUCGCGCACCGCGUGAGCGACGCGUUCGGGCGGUCCAGCAAGAACUCGAACGACAUGGCGAUUUGACUGACGAUCUUGUUGAUCCAGAAGAGCGCUCGUGCUGCGGAAUCCGGCGCUUCCGUCUUUGCGGGAUCGAGCUCCCGCUCGCGCAAGACCAUUGCUCCCGCCUCCUUGCGCUGCAAGGCCUUUGCUCGGCUUCUGAGUUUAUCGACAUUUCCCUGGACGUCUUUCCUCGCGGCGUUCUCAAACAUCUUGCCGUAGGCGGAAAAGGCGGGCAUCAAGGCCUCCAUGGCCGCGCAGUAUUGCUCGACGGGCACUUUCUUGCCCGAACUCGCUUUAUUCAAAAGCUUGGCGGAGCGCUCGAGCGCACAUCUCGCUGCGGAGUCUCCCCGGCCGCCGCCGGCGCAGCCGAUCAAAAGGGUGGGUUUUGUUAUGACGCGGCGGCUCGCGGUCAGUAUCGCGGCGACGGCGGCCGCUAUUUUCCAGGCUUUGCCCAAUAGCAGCAUUGUGGAGACGGCGAGCUAUGCAACAGUUUCUGUUUCACCUCUGAGAGCGAUUUUGAAGCUGCGGUGCAGAAACGAGUGCCGACGCUUGUUUUGCAGCGACGCGGCAGCAGUGGGAGCGCGCAGCAAUCACGACGGCGUCCCAGUCCGGCUCUACUGCGAGCUCUGCGCUCUCUACGACGUCG